CAUAUUGCAACACACCGGUCUGCCGUUUCAAUUGGUUACUUUGUGAUGUCGUCGUCGAGAAUCAAGUGUCGUCGUCUUUUAUAAAGUUUUAUCAAGAUAUCCAGAGAAUCCACUUGCUUGCGUGAUUUACUUACUAAAUAUAUGUGUCGUAAAAGUGACUUAUCGUGAAAUUUGUUUUGUUGUGGACUGAACUAGAUUUGAGAUAAGUUUCUAAUUUUAGUCAUCCUACUAAGAAAAGUGUAUUAAUGAUGACCGAAAACAGAAUUAGUGCAAUUAAUCACGUCGGAAACAGUAUAAAUAAUCAGAAAGGAGAUGUUGAUAAAACUGUUGAUGACAUGGGAUGGAAAUCAAAAUUAAAACUGCCACCUAAAGACAGAAGAAUGAAAACCAGUGAUGUAACAGACACAAGAGGAAAUGAGUUUGAAGAAUUUUGCCUAAAGAGAGAAAUCCUUAUGGGUAUUUUUGAAAAAGGAUGGGAAAAGCCAUCACCUAUUCAAGAGGCUUCAAUACCCAUUGCUCUCAGUGGUAAAGAUGUACUUGCCAGGGCCAAGAAUGGAACUGGAAAAACGGGUGCAUAUUGUAUUCCAGUAAUUGAACAGGUGGAUCCUAAAAAAGAUUGUAUCCAAGCUUUAAUUGUGGUACCAACAAGAGAACUAGCAUUACAAACUUCACAAAUCUGCAUUGAGUUGGCAAAACACACUGAUAUACGUGUUAUGGUCACAACGGGAGGCACAAACCUCAGAGAUGACAUCAUGCGUAUAUACCAAAAUGUUCAAGUGAUAAUUGCCACACCUGGCCGUAUUAUUGAUCUCAUGGACAAGCAAGUGGCUAAAAUGGACCAGUGUAGAAUGUUGGUACUUGAUGAAGCUGACAAACUUCUCUCUCAAGACUUCAAAGGCAUGCUCGACUUGGUUAUCUCAAGAUUACCAAAAGAACGCCAAAUCUUGCUAUUCUCAGCCACUUUCCCAUUAAGUGUAAAACAGUUCAUGGAAAAACAUCUCCGGGAACCAUAUGAGAUUAACCUGAUGGAGGAACUAACACUGAAAGGAGUCACACAAUAUUAUGCAUUUGUACAAGAAAGACAAAAAGUGCACUGUUUAAAUACACUCUUUUCAAAGGUACAAUUACAAAUUAACCAAUCAAUAAUAUUUUGCAAUUCGACUCAGCGCGUGGAGUUGCUGGCCAAGAAGAUAACAGAGUUGGGCUACUGCUGUUACUAUAUCCAUGCGCGGAUGGCGCAAGCGCACAGGAACCGUGUGUUCCACGACUUCCGCGCGGGUUUGUGCCGCAAUCUCGUAUGCUCAGAUCUGUUCACUCGCGGUAUCGACGUACAAGCCGUGAACGUCGUCAUCAACUUCGACUUCCCGCGCAUGGCCGAGACGUAUCUGCACCGCAUCGGGCGGUCGGGCCGCUUCGGCCAUCUCGGUAUCGCCAUCAAUCUCAUCACGUAUGAGGAUAGGUUUGCUCUCCACCGUAUCGAGCGGGAACUUGGCACGGAGAUCAAGCCGAUCCCGAAGGUAAUCGACCCCGCCCUGUAUGUCGCGCGCGUCUCCGAAGAAGAUGACGGCGCGGACAAGUAACGCCGCCGCCUCUCGCUAACUACAAAAACAAUUUGUAAAAAGUGUAAUGAAUUUAUUAUAACAAAAUGUGAGUGUAUAUAGUUUAUCGUGAUAUAAGACACUGACCUAUGAGAAGGUUACUUUUUUAAAGUGUAUAUAAACAAACAUCGGGUCUCGUGAAAGGAACCCCGGACGCUCUUUGUCCAUAUUGGAUUCUGUGCGUGGUUUCCUAUGAUUGUUAAAAAGUAAAAAUAUUUAUCAGAACACCUAUUGUGUGAGUCUAUCUAGAUUUGUAUGUGGAUUUAAAAUAAAUUGUGGUAGACUCUCAGCUUUAAAUUUAAGUCCUAUCCAUAUUGUUAUGAUUUGAGCUAGCACCAGUUUCAUUUCAUGUUGUAAUAAAAUUCAAAUUAAUACCACUUCAAAAUUUCUGUGUAUGGGUAGGUUAUAAGACUAGCUCAAAUAUGCAAAGGUAAAAAAAAUUAAACAGAUCAUUGCUGUCAGUGUUUAAA